AUGGCGUCUGCGACGCAGAGGCUCGAAACUAAGCAGCAGACCAUAGAGGAUGCCUACUCGCCUCCCGCAAACUUUUUAGAAAUCGAUGUUUGCAAUCCACAAGUUCAUGGCGAUGCAAAGUCUCGCUACGUUGAUUAUGAAGUAAAACUUAAGACAAAUCUCCCAGUUUUCCGUUUGCAAGAAUCGAGUGUCCGUCGUCGAUACCGAGAUUUCGACUGGUUGCGUGGGGAACUUGAUCGCGAGAGUAAGAUUAUUGUGCCUAAGCUACCCGGGAAGGCUUGGAAACGCCAAUUUCCCUUCCGCGCUGAUGAUGGUUUGUUUGAUAGUGACUUCAUUGAGGCACGGCGUAAAGGCUUGGAAGAAUUCAUAAAUAAAGUUGCCGGUCACCCACUUGUGCAAAACGAGAAGUGUCUUCACAUGUUCCUCCAAAGUGAGCUCAUCGACCGGAACUACAAGGCAGGAAAAAUCAACCAUCCUUAG